AUCGCUGCCAUGUCAAGCAAAAGGACAAAAACCAAGACCACCAAGAAGCGCCCUCAGCGCGCAACAUCCAAAGUGUUCGCCAUGUCCGACCAGACCCAAGAGUUGGAAGAGGCCUUCAACAUGAUCGACCAGAACCGGGAUGGCUUCAUCGACAAGGAGGACUUGUAUGAGGUGCUUGUUUCAAUGAGAGAAUAUUUGGAUUUCACCAUGUUCCUCACCAUGUUUGGUGAGAAGCUGGGUGGCACAGAUCCUGAAGAUGUUAUCAGAAAUGCCUUUACUUGCUUUGAAGAAGCAAUUGGCACCAUCCCCGAGGAUUACCUGAGGGAGCGGCUGACAACCACGCGUGAUCUUCACAGACAAGAAAGCGGUACAGGGAGGUUCCCAUUGACAAGAAGGGGAAUUUGA